AAAAUUUGACGUUUGACAGUGACGUUCCAACGUCAACCGAGCCUGCGGGCUUGAGGUUUAUUUUGAGUAAAAAGUUAAAGAAACAGAUCUGAAAAUGGAUUCUAACGAUAUAUUAGACGACAAGGACAACGGGCCCGAGGUACAGAUCAACUUCCCAAGCUCCGUGAUGAGCCGGAUCGAAGAAAUGAUGGGAGGAACUGAGCAGUUCGAUAGUGCAGAAUUUGAUGCAGUGGCAUACAUCAACCGAGUGUUCCCUACGGAGCAGUCCCUGUCGGGCGUGGAGAGCGCGGCGGCGCGCUGUGAGUUCCACUUGGCGGGCGUGGAGCACGACAUCCGGCGCCUCGUGCGCGCUCAGGCCGAGCAGAGGGAUGCCGGACAACACGCGCUGCUGGAGGCACAGCGGUGUAUUGCAGAGCUGGCGUUACAGGUGGCGGACAUAAACAAGAAAGCGGAGCGCAGCGAGAGCAUGGUCCGCGAGAUAACGCUAGAGAUCAAGCAGCUGGACUGCGCCAAGUCCAACCUGACGGCGGCCAUCACUGCCCUCAACCACCUGCACAUGCUGGUGGGCGGCGUCAGCGCGCUGCGGACCAUGACCGCCAGCCGACAGUACAAGGAGAUCGUGCUGCCCAUGCAGGCUAUCAUGGAGGUGUUGCAGCACUUCGAGUGCUACCGCGAGAUCCGCGAGCUGAGCGCGCUGCGCGACCAGGUCACCGCCAUCCGCCGCCAGCUCGCCGCGCAGAUACUCGCCGACUUCAAGGAGGCCUUCACCGCGGGCAGCAAAGCCACGAUUCCUCAGCGCACUCUAGCGGAAGCCUGUGGAGUUCUGGACAUCUUGGAGAAGAAGGUUAAAGACGACUUGCUGCACUGGUUCAUAGAUGUUCAGCUGCAGGAGUACCAGCACCUGUUCUCGGCGGAGCAGGAGUCGGCGUGGAUCUCGCACGUGGAGCGGCGCUACGCCUGGCUGAAGCGGCAUCUGCUGGCCUUCGAGGAGGGCCUGGCGCAGCUGUUCCCGCACUCCUGGCAGCUCAGCGAGAGGAUCACGCUCAGCUUCUGCAAGAUAACGCGGUCGGAGCUGAGCAAGCUGAUGGCGGCGCGCCGUAACGAGGUGGACGUCAAGCUGCUGCUGUACGCCAUACAGAAGACCUACAACUUCGAGCUGCUGCUGCACAAGCGGUUCACAGGUACGGACUUGAGCGCGGAGUCUGGAGACGGUGACAAGCAGGCUGCCUUCGACGCGGACAACAAAGAUUCCCCGGUGUCGGGCUCUGCCCCCAGCAGCAGGUCCUCGUGGGUGGGUCAGAUCGGGUCCUGCUUCGAGCCCUACCUGUCGCUGUACGUCAGCUCGCUGGACGCCAACCUGGCCGACCUCAUGGAGAGGUUCAUACAGGACUCGAAGGCCCCCCCCUCCGGCGACCCUGGCGCGGCUGGCGCGGGCGCGGUGAUCUCGUCGUGCGCGGACCUGUUCCUGUUCUACAAGAAGUGUCUCGUGCAGUGCGCCAGCCUCACCACCGGCGAGCCCAUGCUGGAGCUGUCGGGCGUGUUCCAGAAGUACCUGCGCGUGUACGCGAGCGCGGUCCUGCAGGGCUGCCUGCCGCGCGCCGCGCCGGGCCCGCUGCCCGUCACCAGCCUCGUCACCAACCUGCACACGCUGCUGCGGGACGACGCCGCCAGCGACGCCAGGAACACACGAUACACAAAACAAGAGAUAUCAAAGAUAACGAGCGUCAUCACGACCGCGGAGUACUGCCUCGAGACCACCAUCCACCUGGAACAGAAGCUCAAGGAGAAGGUGUCCCCAGGACUCGCAGACAAGAUCGACAUGACGCCAGAACAGGACCUGUUCCACAAGAUCAUCAGCAACUGCAUCCAGAUGCUGGUCCAGGACCUGGAGAUGGCGUGCGAGCCGGCGUUGCAGGCCAUGACCAAGAUAUCCUGGCUGCACUUCGAUAAUGUUGGAGACCAGAGCUCCUACGUCACGCAGAUCAUCAUGCACUUGAAGAACACCGUCCCCAACCUGCGCGACAACCUGUCCUCCUCAAGAAAAUACUUCACACAGUUCUGUAUUCGUUUCGCGAACUCCUUUAUACCGAAGUUCAUACAGAAUAUAUACAAGUGCAAACCUAUCUCGACAGUCGGCUCCGAGCAGCUGCUGUUAGACACUCAUAUGUUGAAGACUGCGCUGUUGGAGCUCCCGUCAAUAGGGUCUGAGGUUCGACGUCCGGCGCCGGCGACUUACACAAAAGUCGUGAUCAAAUUGAUGACGAAAGCUGAAAUGAUUUUGAAGUUGGUCAUGGCGCCCUUGGACGGGAAUCUGGAAGGGUUUGUGGGGCAGUUCGUGCAGUUGCUGCCCGAGUGUACUGUGACAGAGUUCCACAGGGUGUUGGACAUGAAGGGCGCUAAGCUGUCGAAGGCUCAGCAGAGUUCGCUCGAUGCCUUCUUUAAGCAGACUUGUAAGAAUGUUAACAGCGACGCCGGUAAGUAGGUAAUGAGUCAAUGUGUGUAUAAUCAGAGAGGGUGUGUGUGUAUGUGUGUGUGAGGAAUUCUAUGACUGUGUGUAUGUGUGUAUAAUGAGUGCCUGUUUUUAUAUGUGUGAGUGUAUGUGUGUAUGAAAAGGUAAGUGUGUAUGUGUUAUAUAAUUAGUGGAAAUUAUAGAAGUACUUAAUAAAUGUGUUUAACUGUAUACGUACUAGUCUAUACGGUAUUAAGACUAUGUAUAUAUUAAUGUAACAGUGUAUCUAUUUGUCUCUCUCGCACUCGUAUCAAAUUACCCGAGUAGGAGAGAGAUGGAAAUAUUUAGUUAGUAUAAUUUGAUUAAUCUCGGCCUGAAACUAGGACCAAUGAACAUGAAAUUGAGUCUUGUAUUAAUAAGCCUCUUUGUACACGUGGCUACGUAGACAUAGUUUAUAUUUAAGAUAUAUGUAAAUAAAGGAAUAUAGUGAAAUUGUAGUAUUUAGUAUAAUAUACAUAUAGUCAAUGUAAUGAAAUAAAGACAUUCAGAUAACCCAACAUCACGUCUUCAAGUCAUUCUGCAAGUGUGGGAGAGAGAUGCCGAUAUAAUUGUAUUGCGUUGUCUCGCUCCCACAAAUACAGUACUUUAAGACGUAGUAGUGGGCUUUGAAAUUAUUUAUUAUUAAAAUUGUCUAAUAUUUUGUAAUGUUAUUAUUAUAAUCGCGACUGCUUGUGUAUGACGGUGCUAGAUAUAUCCCCUUCUAUUACAUUAUAUCAUUCAUUCAUUAAUAUCAAUUUUAGUACAGUUUAAAGCGUCUUUAUAUUAAUAAUGAAUUGUGAAAAUCUAUCUUACUUGCUUUACAAUAAGAGUGCGGUUUUUGUUAUAUUUUUGUGUAUAAAUUGUCGUCAACUGUACAUUUCCUAAAGAUCUGUUUCACAAAGAACCAUACAAUUUAUAGAUAUUCUAAAUUGAAGUACAUGUUAUAGUUAUUGUAUAUGUUACAUAGGACUUUGCGACCUCAAUGGAUGUUAAAUGUGUUACAUAGGAAUCACCUAAGUAUACAUCUAGGUUUUCUUUUCAAAAUAAGAAAAAUAUCGUCGGGGAUAGUUCAAGUCCACGUAUCUACAAUACAUAUAGUUUUAAAGGGGAGGUUUAAAACUCAAUUACCUUCCUAUUGUAACUGAUAUGGCCGCGAAAACUAACAUUGACUACAUAAUGAGAUACGUGGAAUUAUCCAUUAUUAUCAGUUAGUCACUCGGAUUUGCACUAUCCCCGACGAUAUGUCAGAAAAGUUUGUAACAAUUGUCCAUCCAAUCCAUCCAUCUCAGCCUAUUGCCGUCCACCAGGGCCGUAUUGUCCAUAACGGCACUUUAGGCCAGUGCCUAGGGGCCUACUAUGACCAGGGGCCCAUCACCAAAGUAGGCAUCUAAAAAAAUG